GGACUAAGAGAAGAUAAGAAGCUUAGAAGGCACAUAAAGGAAUGGGAUUUAUUACAUCAAACUUUGUAGCGUUACUGUUAUUGUUACUUUUAGCGUCUACUGCUAAAUGUCAACCUGGUGCGGGUGUUUUUGAUAUACUCAAGUAUGGUGCCAAACCCAACACUGAUGUUACUCAAGCUUUAGCAACUGCAUGGAAAGAAGCAUGUGCAUCAAUCACUCCAAGUAAAUUACUGAUUCCAAAAGGAAUUUACCUAUUAAGUGGAGCCAGCCUCAAAGGCCCUUGUAAGAGUCCUAUUGAGGUCCAAGUAGAUGGGAUUUUACAAGCUCCGAGCGAAGUGAAAGGAGAAGGGUGGAUUAYGUUGGAUUAUAUCGAUCAAUUGACAUUGUCAGGCACUGGAACUUUUGAUGGCCAAGGAAAAGCAGCUUGGGCAAAGAAUGAUUGCCACCAAAAGAAAGAAUGCACCAAGCUUGCCAUGAGUUUGAAGUUCAAUUUCGUCACUAAUUCAAUAGUGAAGGAUAUAACUUCCUUGGACAGCAAAAAUUUCCAUAUCAAUGUUUUGGGCUGCAAAAAUCUGACCUUCCAACAUGUGACAAUUACUGCACCAGGGAAUAGUCCCAACACCGAUGGAAUUCACAUUGGUUGUUCAGAAGGGAUUAACAUUCUUAAUACAAAAAUCGCAACCGGAGAUGAUUGUAUCUCUGUAGGAGAUACUAACAAACAAAUAACUAUCAGUGAUGUAACUUGUGGACCAGGACAUGGCAUUGCCAUAGGAAGUUUGGGCAAGUACACCAGGGAACAAGGUGUGGAAGGAGUUACAAUAAAAAAAUGCAAAUUAAUUGAUACUACAAACGGUGUCAGGAUCAAAACAUGGCCGGAUUCUGCUGGUUCAUUCGGAGCAUCAGACAUGCAUUUUGAAGAUAUUGAAAUGGUUAACGUCAGUAAUCCUGUCAUUAUAGACCAAGAAUAUUGUCCAUGGAAUCAGUGCAAUCGAAAGGUUCCAUCAAAAAUUAAGGUCAGUAAAGUUAGCUUCAAAAAUAUCAAAGGCACAUCUGCUACUCCAGUCGCAGUCAAACUUGUUUGCAGCAAAAGCAUACCAUGUGAGGGUGUAGAAGUUGCUGAUAUUGACCUGACGUACAGUGGAAGUCAAGGUCCGAUUACAUCUCAGUGUGCAAAUGUGAAGCCCACCAUUUCCGGAAAGCAAAACCCUAAAAUCUGCGCUGAAGUUGCUCCUCUUGAUGGCCCAUCAACUGAUUAAUCAUUUCCAUGGUGGCAAUAGUUUCAUGGAAAACCAUCUUUUUCCCUAGCAUUUUUAUUUUAGUUUUGAAAGGUUCCCAUUUCGUGCAUGCGAUGGAUCAUGUGUGCAUGCUUUUAAUAAUAUUAUUUGUACUUUUAUAGAGAAAUCACUGUUCUCGAA